CCGCCUGUAUUUCCUGCUUUGCUGUUUCCACUCGGAACGAUGGCAGAAGUGAAAGCUUCCUUCUUUUGUGGAGUUUUAACGGUUUUCCUAAGUUCAGCGGUGCUUGCAGUUGUUGAAGACCUAGAUGACACAUUUAAAGACACCAGAGUGGAUGAUAUCUGGCUUGUUGAUUUCUAUGCACCAUGGUGUGGGUAUUGUAAAAAACUGGAGCCAGUUUGGUCUGAUGUUGGUGCCGAGUUGAAGCGCUCCGGGUCUCCCGUCCGAGUGGGGAAGAUGGAUGCCACUGCAUACCCUGGAAUUGCAUCAGAGUUCGGUGUUCGGGGCUACCCAACAAUAAAACUGUUAAAGGGUGAUCUCGCCUACAACUACAAAGGUCCGAGGACAAAAGACGAUGUCAUUGAGUUUGCCAACAGAGUGGCGGGACCAACAGUGCGGGCACUUCCAAGUAAGCAGAUGUUCGAGCACAUGAUGAAACGACAUGACGUGCUCUUUGUUUACAUCGGCGGAGAGUCUCCUCUCAAAGAGAAGUACAUUGACGUGGCCACUGAGCUCGUUGUCUACACUUAUUUCUUCUCGGCUUCAGAAGACGCCUUACCGGAGUCUGUGGCUUUGCCAGAGCUUCCUGCAGUUGUAGUCUUCAAGGAUGGGGCUUACUUCACCUAUGAUGAGUAUGAGGAUGGUAGCUUGUCAUCCUGGGUGAACAAAGAGCGCUUCCAAGGAUACCUCCAGAUCGAUGGCUUCACGCUCUAUGAGCUGGGCGAAACAGGCAAAUUGGUGGCGAUUGCAGUCAUCGAUGAGAAAGACCCGACAGGGGACAGCGGCAGAUUAAAGACCCUGAUUCAGAGGGUGGCCCGGGAAUACAGAGAACAAUUUAACAGGGACUUCCAGUUUGGUCACAUGGAUGGGAAUGACUACAUCAACAGCCUCAUCAUGGGUGAAGUGGCGGUGCCUUCCGUCGUCAUCCUCAACACGUCCAAUGAGCAGUACUUCCUGCCCAGCGAGCCGACGGAGACCAUGGAGCAGCUGGUCCAAUUCAUCAACAGCGUUUUGAAUGGAUCUGCACAGGCCUGCGGAGGCGAUGGCUUUGUUCAGAGGGUCAAACGGGUGGCCUUCGAUGCCAGGUCCACUGUUAUGUCAGUAUUUCGUAGUUCCCCGGUGCUGGGCUGCUUCCUGUUUGGCCUUCCGCUCGGCGUGAUCAGCCUGAUGUGCUACGGCAUCUGUACGGCGGACGACAGCGCCGACGACGUGGAGCUGCUGAAGAAGGAGGGCCUCACCGACGAAGAGGAGGAAGAGGAGGAGGAAGAGCAGCGACGUGCCGCCGAGCUGGAGGGCCCGGGAGGCGGGGAGCAGGAGGAAGAGGAGCCAGACACGCAGGACAAAGCUCCGGAAGAGAAGAAGAGAGAUUAAUGCAGGGGUGGCGUGAGGUUCUACCAGAAGGAGGAUGAUAGGCCUAGUCAAAUACAGUGACAUGAAACUCAAAGACAUAUCAACGUAUUAUUGUUUGGCUUCUUUGUCUUUCAUCUCACUUUCCCCUCCCUCCUCUGCCUUGCCGCUGCAAACUCCCCAUCCCGUCUUUCAAAUCCAGUUGUCAGUGUCAGGUAAGCUGCUCUGUGAAGCCUUCUAAAUUAUGUCUAAACCUUUUAGCUUUUUUUUUUUAAAAAAGAGGAGUGUAAACUGAUAAUGCUAGAAAGAGGGGGAAGGCUUUAAACCAAACACACUGUAACCUUAUUUAUUAUCAAACUUAAACAAACCACUCUGUUACCCCCAUACAGUGUGUCAAGUACCACUUCUCUGCUGUAGUAGAUGCUGUGCUCGAACCCAGUCCCCACAUGGUGUCCUCUGUCUUUUUUUCUUCCAAGAUCCAGUGAAGUCAUUCCUUAUUUAUGAUAGUUUGAUUUCUGCUUGUUAUAAUAACGCCUGAAACAGAACCAGAUGGCCUUGCCUUCAAUUUAAAUAUAAGCUGAGCAUAUUGACACGAUUAGUUUAUCUUCGUCCUUCAACCAUAUUAAGUUUCCCAAAUGUAGGUAGGCCUAUCAUCCACAGCAGUUAACUCAUGUAGACAGCAAAGUAAAAGUGCCCAAGAAGGAAAUUCUGCCAUAAAUGAAUAUGAAAUUAUUUUUUUUUCUAUUGUAUGUUUUUGCCUGAAAAUACUUCUUCUGGGGAUGCAAAAUGUGCUGAGGCAAUCAUGCAUUUCAAGUUUAUCCUCAUUCUGGACACCUGUUCAUCGAAAGGUGUCCAGGGCCCAUUUUAAAACACUGUUUGACAACAUCGCUGGGUUAUUUGGCGUAAUUUUACAGAUGUAAGCAAAGCAGCCCAUGUAUUGUUAGCAUCUCUGGAUCUGUAAUUGUGGGGCGGCAAGUACACAAUGACUUUGUUUUACCCAAUUUCCUUUUUUUAUGGUCUAGACCUCUAGAAGACAUGUAUGGAGUACACACUGACUUUGUUUUACCCAAUUUCCUUUUUUUAUGGUCUAGACCUCUAGAAGACAUGUAUGGCAUCGGUCUGUCUGUUUGCCUUUAACUAGUUAUAUAUGGUUUGAUGGAACCAGUUUACUGUACUGCACUGGCCCCGCUGGUUUCUGUCCUCUGUCACUCAUUCCUGUAUCGAAUUGUGAUGUUGAUAUUUACAUCCAGAUGCACAUAUACUGAGACCUAUACUGGACAUAACAAAUUUUAGCACCAUCCCUUUAACAUAGAGUUGCACCCCUAAUUUGGCACAAUAUGUAUCUCAGUUGUCUCCAAGCUCAAUGAUGCGUCUUUGACAGGUCUCCAACUCUUAAGCAUACUGAACAGCUAACCGAAGAGUUGCAAAUUUUCAGUCCAUUUGAUUCAGAGAGCAACAGGUAAUAUAAUAUUCUGCACACUCAAGGUUACGGUAUGCAGCUGUAAUUAUAACCUGUUGGACAUGAUGGGCCCAAAACAGUGUCUGUGCUGAUGUUGUGGCGUGGAAGCAAAUUGUUUUAAAGGGUUCACUAGAUUACUUUUUGCUCUACAUUAGCUUUGCAUGGCUCAUCUAAAACAUUCAUGCAUUGUAUUUAAUACGCAGUGUUGUGACUAGGUCACAAUGUUAAUAAGCAUGAGAUAAGGAAGGAAAUUGCCACGGCAGAUCCUCUCAUCGGUAAACUGAAGAGAUGUUAAUGAAUGUUUUGAAGUGUUAUGCUGCUUUUGUACAGGUAAUAGGGAAUUGAAUCCUUGUCCCUUUUGUAUAACUUCUGAAAAGUACAGCUGGGUAAAAUGAUGGCUUCAAUUUUCUUCUUUUUUUUCUUCUUCUUUCCCUCCAUUGUUCAGUGCAUUGUGCUCUUGUGGCCCUGUAAGUCUUGUCACUCGUUUGAUGACUUUGGCACCUGAACCUAAGCACACCUGUUUUUAUACAGACAGUCUCUGCAUACUUACUGUGAAACUGCACUAUGGAAACCAUUCCCUCUUGCCUUCUGGGCUUUGUAGUUGCCUACCAUUCUCUGCCAAACUUCCUCAUUGGGUUUGAAUUGAGAUUAUCACACUUUAUUACACGUUUGAAAGAUUGAAUAAAGAUUGUCCUCUUUUUUUUUUUUUCUUCUCUCGUUGACUUGGUAUCCUUUUAUCGCCCGCGAAACCACUGGUUUUCUAUCAGCAGCCUGUCUUGGCCAAUUCAAGUGGGUAUUGCAAAAGCGGUUAAAGUUGUUUCGUUGCUAAAUUCCCUCAGCGUUCGCUGAACUUACAUUGCGUGCCGAGUGUGGUGGCUCACUGCACCAUCCCGUUUAUAGCUGAGCUGAAGUCUCUCUGAAAUGUCCUCUACCCUUUGAGCUGAGGGAGGUCUCGCCUGCCUCCAUCCUGACCUGGGCCAUCACUCUAUGCCUCAAGGGUUUGCCUGCAAAAAUGUGCGUAGAUACACAACGAUUCACCCUUUUCGUCAUCAUUUUUCUCACUGAAAACGUGUUGCAGUAUGUCGGCUGAUGUCUGCAUAUUGGAUUCGGUCAUCUCAUAUGUAGUCAAUAAAGUGGAUAGAAUUGACCUCGAUGACAAUGCUGACGGCUAAAUUUAGGUAUAGAUUAUCUCAGUCAAAAGACAGGACAACCAUUGAUUAAUCUGCUGUAGUCAAGAUUACAAUAAAAAUGGAUCAAGUUGAAA